AUGUCUGACAUUCAUAGUAAACAAGCAAAUCACAACGACAGAAAAGAUCAUGACGAAGCUCUGAAACACUUGAAUUUACAAUCGCUUGAGCAGAUAAACCAGAUCAAUUUACAUAAAAAUUUGCUCAUUUACUAUGGCAACAUCGUUGAUGUGAAAGCGGAUGCCAUAGUGAAUACAGCGAAUGAAGGGUUGCUCGGAGGUGGUGGACUUGAUUUUCUGGUACAUAGCCUGGCUGGAGAAGAGCUCAAACAAUUUUGCUCCCAAGUGCCAGCUGAUGACCAAGGUGUUAGAUGUUGUACUGGACAUUGUGUAAUUACGUCUGGAUUCAAGUCAAAUUAUAAAUAUAUAAUUCAUACUGUUGGGCCUUAUUUAGAUGAAAAUAAUAAGCCUCAGCCUAAACUACUUGCUGACUGUUAUAAAAACUCAUUCCAAGCAGGAAUUCAGCAUAACUGUACCAGCAUUGUGUUCCCAUGCAUUUCAACAGGAUACUAUGGUUAUCCAAUGUUAGAGGCAGCUAUUAUUUCAAUUGAAACGUUAAAUCAAUGUUUGCAACAGUGUCAAAAGUCGAAUGUCAUCGUGACCAUUGCUGUGUUCAAUGAUCUCGAGCAAAAAAUCUAUACAAAACUACAAGGAGAGAUGCUCGAUGCAUAA